GGGAAAGUUGGUUCACUCUAGCACUGCCACCGAAGAGGAAAGAUGUCAAAGGGACAUCUCCUCUGGCCACUGCUGCUCCUCUUGAUAGUAACCACCCAAGGGAAGCCAGUCACCACCUCAGUUCCCGUGGUUUGUCGGAAGGUCUCCUGGUCCACAACGGAAGGAGGCUCUGUGUGCAUCCCUCUUCACACUGUUGAGACGUCCUUCCACGUGUAUCGCCUCGAUGGCUCCGCCUCCCGCUGGGAGGAGAUCCUGGUCUCCCUCAAUGGGAUCUCACAGCCUCCCCGCAUCCCCUUGGCUGAGAAGAUCUCCGUGUCCAGCAGAGGCUUCGAAGUGCAGCACAUGAGCAGAGGAGCAGAAGGCAGCUACCAGGUGAUCUCCACGAUCACUGGGGAGUGCGUGGCUCACAUAGACCUGGGAGUUCUGGAGCCGACCCCAUCUCCGCCUGUCCUGGGAACCCCGCCUCAGGGAGAGGGAGACCUCAGCGAGAAUGAGAAGGGAGGGCCUUUGAGCGACGCUGCCAGGAUUGCGCUGGUGGUGGCUGGAGUGUUGACACUGCAAUUCCUUCUCUUGCUGCUGGCUGUGUAUAUGACGCUCUCUCUGUGUGUAAAAAUAAGGGAGCCGCCCAAUGGAGCUGAGGGAAACUGAACCCCUGAGUGGCUACGGAUCAGAAGACCGAGUCAACAACCCCUUUGCCAAGCUAUCCUGUGACAAAGUAUACAUAGGACAGAGGAAGGCCAUUUUGGGGGGGGUCAUAUGACUCAUAAAACCUCUACGGUGGUGGAAUCUCCACCCUUAGAAGUUUUUAAGGCCCAGCUUGACAAAGUCCUAGCUGGGAUGGUUUAGUUGGGGUUGGUCCUGCUUUGAGCAGGGGGCUGGACUAGAUGACCUUCUGAGGUCCCUUCCAACCCUAAUCGUCUAUGAUUCCUUCCAGGGAUUAAGCUGCAAAGAUAUGGGAGAAAAGAGAUCCGCCCUAGAGGAAUGGAUCCUAGGAUGUAGUGCUCUGGGAGAGAACCCAGGCUGCUGACUGUGCCUAGAAUCAAAGCCUAGAAAUGAGGGGGGGGGGGGGGCCCAAGGCUGCCCUUGUCCAUCAGGCAGAAAGAAUCCUGGGAAAUGUAGUCCCAAAGGCAUGCUGGGAUUUAAAGGCCUCUACAACGGGGCAUGCUGGGAACCAGAGGCAGCAUAUAAAGAGCCACCUCCUUCAUAACGAGGGUGGCUGUGGAUGUAAGUAGCUGUGGUUGUUCAAUGGGCAUUUAAAAUCCGUGAGCUGCUUUGAAAAUUUCAGCCUUCCCACUGCUGGGUGUUGAGUUAACUGCCUGUAUGUGGGCAUUUGAUGCUGUUAAAUGUUUAUUGUUAUUUGACUGCAAGUCUAAUUGUUAGGGCACCCAUGGCUUUUUCUAUUUGUUUUUUAUACUUUAAUUUAUAUCCAAAUAAAUAUUCCUUUACAACAACACAGGCUCCU